AGCAUCCCCCAGCGCUACCAGCGCAAUCUUCCGUUAACAACCCCACACUAAAAUGAGGGUUGUUAUUUGAGAUUCGAAAAGCGCAGGACACAACCGCAAACAAUACACAUGCGUGCGCGUGUUUCUCUCCUGCUCUCACGAAAUAAUAAUCCCCCAACAAUUAUUUUCACCGAUAAAAUAACAAUUUCACGAAUAAUUAAUUAUUUAACAAAAAAGAAAAAUAAAGACUAAAAUAAAGUAAAGAAAGAAAGAAGAAAAAAAAAUUGAAAAUAAUUGAUAAAGAAUGAAAAAAUUUAAAUUUAAAUUUGUCUUCCCCUAAAACAGAGAGUGAGAGAGAGAGAGAGAGUAUAUUUUUUUCUUUUUCAAAGUACAUGUUGUCAAAAGGUAUUAAAAGGGGGGUGUAAAUAAAAUGGCCGUGAUUCGUUGACCGAGCUUUAUCAAUUAUUCGUGAGUGUGUGCGCAUGUAAGUAACACGUGCUUCGGCUUUUUAGUGUGGUGUGUGUGUACAUAGGGGGGGAGGGAGGGGUGGUGGUUUUGAGAACAAUUGAAGAGGUGCAGGCUAUCCAAUUAGUGUCUAAUCGGUUUAAAGCAAGUGUGCGCUAAGUAGCAAGACAUGAUAUUGUCUUACGUUACACUCGUGCGUAAAAAGUUGUGCUGAUAUAUUAUUUAAACGCCGAGAGAAAUAGAGAGAGAGAGAGAGGGAGAGACAGAGUCUGAAAUACUGUCUCUCCAUAGUGAAAAUUCUCUUGAUUAAAUCGACAUUUCAAAUUGGCGGAAAAAAAAAUUCGGAAAAUGAGAUCCUAUGACGGCGAAAGUAGUUCUGGGGAAGAAGAUGACAAACGAGAGGUUUUACCGGAAGUACAUUUACAACCUUGGCAACGAUCAACUUCCCAUCCUACUUGGGCUUGGGAGCAUCGCAAUGAAUUGCCGGCCCAUUCAGGAGAAUCGAUAGGUUCGAUGAAUUUCAAUCCAGUGGGAAUUCCUCAUCCGGGAGUAUCCGGACCACCAGUUAGUUAUUCGCCUUCGGAACAUUCACAAAGUGCACCAGGAAGAAGAACUCCUUUAGGUGCCGUAGGACUCGGAGGUUUCUAUUUUCAGCAACAACCACAACCGCAAACAUCGUCUAAUGCACUGUCCGAUGAAAAUAAACCAGACCAAGAGAGACCUGAGACUUCAAGACUGAAUUGCCCAUCAAAAUCGAAAACAGCUCGUCAGGGAAAAAGUGUGAGAUUGAAUAUAAAUGCCAGAGAACGUAGAAGAAUGCACGAUUUGAAUGAUGCACUGGAUGAAUUACGAUCUGUUAUUCCCUACGCUCAUAGUCCGUCCGUUAGAAAACUAUCGAAAAUAGCAACACUUCUCUUGGCAAAAAAUUAUAUUCUCAUGCAAGGAAAUGCUCUCGAAGAACUAAGAAGAGUAAUAACGGUACUUCAAUCACCACAUGCACACACAACAGCAUUGCCAUCAACCCCUGUAUCAUACGAUCUACUACAUGGAUUUCCGGGAAAACUUUUUCAAGGUGUUACCGAGAUGCAAGGACUUGUCUCAGGAAGCCAACAACAGGCACCCACAUCAAUCGGUCUUCCUAUUGAUGAUUCAAUUAAAAAUACUGAAGCAUCAUAAGAAAAUUAGUUUUUUUUUCUUUUUCUUUUUCUUUUUCUUUAUUCAUACCAAAGCAAAGUAUAUAGAUAUAUAUUAUAAUAUAUUUAAAAAGAAUUCGCAAAAGUCUUCUGACUCUGCGACGAGUGAAAAUUCUAGUCAUUUAGCUUGUAAGUGAAAAGAGCAGUUUCUUGAAACGCUUUCGCGUUCAAGUCUGCUCGCGAAAAAAAAAUGAAUCAAACUUUUGAAAGUAUUUUCUCUUAAUCUGAAUCAAUCAAAAUUUUCCAAUGCGAGUGAGGACACAAAAAUGAUUUUUUUACUAAAGGAACUUUAUUAACUAGAAGAAUAUUUUUAUUAACAAAAAUUUAAUUCCAAAAAAUGUCUUUAUUGGCGAAAAUUUAGUUAUCAAAGAAAAGUUUUUAUUGGCGAAAAAUUGAAAAAAAUGGUUUUAUUAAUGAAAAUUUAUUAAAGGAAAUUUUUA